AUGCCAGGAGUCACGGAUACCCGUAAAUCCGUGCUAAUCACGGGAUGCUCUCCCGGCGGCAUUGGAAAUUCCCUUGCGCGUGAAUUCCAUCGCCAUGGGUUGCGUGUGCUGGCCACAGCCCGAGAGGCGACGACCAUUGCCGAUCUGGCCGAGCUCGGCAUCGAGACCUUGAGCCUGGUGGUUGAUGAUGCGGAGAGUGUCAAGGCAUGCUUCGCGGAUGUCGAGACUAGACUGGGGGACAAGGGACUGAAUUAUUUGGUGAACAAUGCUGGCCGGAACUACACCGUUCCAGCUAUGGAGGUCGAGAUCCCAGAGGCUCGAAAGACAUUCGAGACCAAUCUCUUCGCAGUUAUCACGAUGUGCCAGACCUUUCUACCGCUGCUGAUCAAGGCCAAGGGCACGAUUGUCCAAAUUGGAUCGGUUGCUGGGAUCAUCCCAUAUGUCUUCGGGUCCGUCUACAACGCGUCCAAGGCAGCACUGCACUCGUUCAGUGAUACUCUCCGAGUCGAACUGGCUCCUUUCGGUGUCAAUGUCACUACAAUCGUUACUGGCGGAGUGCAAUCACGCAUCGCCCGAACCCAGCGCACUCUCGUCCCGGGAUCUAUGUACACUCCCAUUGAAGAUGAGUAUAAUCGACGCGUGACCCAUAGCCAGGACAAUGCGAUGCCAAAUGAGACCUACGCGCGCAGUGUGGUUGCGCAAGUGCUGUACGGGUCUGCCCCAUGGCGCUGGCUGUGGCCCUGGGCGCAGGGUCGCAAGACCUGGAUCUGGGAGGGUCAUCGCAGCUGGGUGAUUUGGUUCCUCUCUGGCGGUUGGGCAUGGGGUGGUCUGUUUGGGCGGAUUAUGACGAAGAUGUUUAAGCUGUGGAAGAUCAAGCCUCGGGCCGGUAACUAG